GUUGCAUUAUAUAUGAUGAUAAAUUUUCUAGAACUCAUAUUUUUUUUUAAAAUGUGUGUUUUAAACUAAUACAUCUAAAUGAAAGAAGUGUUUCUUUUGCGGACAAGUUUUCCUGGCUUUUGCUAUCCCAAUUGAAUUGGUUUUUUUUUGUCCAGUAUCUCCGCCUUCUACAGUUGUGAUGCGGGCCCUCUUUCUGGCAUCACCGCCUCCUAUAGGCGGCGUUGGCUAGCUUUGCUUUUUUAACUCGCCGUCCAGUGUAUCAGGUAGUUCCAGUUUUGUUUAUGCGUUUGUUUAAUUGUCUCGAUUAUGAAGAGUUCCAAUAUGUGAGAUUGUUAGAUCAGGAGAGUUUUCUCAGAUCUACUUCUACUGACUUGUUCUGUUUUACCGUCGGGAUUUCUUGUUUUCGGCCCCUAUGGUUUUUUGGCAAGGUUGUUUGUUGAUUGCAUUGUUGUAUCUACCAGUUUUCUUCGUUUUAAUUUUCAAGACAGUUAUGCGCCUAAGUUGUUGCUGAAAGCUCCAUCGGUUUAAUCUCCACGCGGAUUUCCUUAGAGUUCGGGAGGAAAUUACUUUGAGAAGUUCUUUUCUUUGCAGAUUUGAUAAUGAAGAUUGGUGAGAUUCUCUAAUUAAAAACCGUUAAGACUUCUUUGCUUGAAGAUCUGGCGAUUUCUGAUGAUUUUGGAGUUUCCUAAGGAUUCUUACCAAAUCGACAAUGACCAACAACGAUAUAUGCUUCACAUGUCCAUGCGUCUUAACCUUGCUUCAUAGUCUCACAUGUGGCUUUGCGUUGGAAUCUUUAAAUCUUACUUCUACAAAGGGUUUAGUUUCCUAGAUUGGACUUUCUUUAAGUUGGGCUUCUUCUUAUAAGUUAAACUUGUUGGUUCUUUGGUUAUGCAACAUGGAUGCUUGUUUAGAUAAUCUAAUAUUGUAAAAUUUGAUGUGUUUGUCGAGUCAUGUAAGUGAAAGAUUCCACUUUUGCAACAAAAGUUUUAAAUAAAGUGCAACAUUUAUGAGAAAGAAAAAAAAAAGGUUUUAUGCAAAA